AUGGCCCCGUCAGCAAUUGAAGUCUACCCAACAGAGAGUCCGGUCACCGUCAAGCAAGUCAGUCAGGCCCACUGGUCGGAGCCGGUCCCUUUCGGCGGCCAAGACCAGUGGUUCUACAUCCCAGAAACGAAGCGAUUCGACCUUUCGAGAGGUUCCGCCAGGAAGCUGGUAAUUGAUGCCGACGAUGGCGUCGCCAAUCACCGCGGAGCGCUGAUCGACCCGGACAAGACCGUUCUGGUCAUCAUCGACAUGCAAAAUUACUUCGUUCAUCCGCACUACCGCGACCAUCAGGCGGGCUUGGCCGCAGUUGUCCCGACCUUGAAGGUCAUCGAGCGGUGCAGGCGGGAGGGGAUCCAAGUCGUGUUCUUGAACUGGGGCAUCGACGAGCAUGACCUCCGAGUGAUGCCGGCUGCUGUUCAGCGAGGCUUCUGCCGCAACCUCGCCCAGCAGAAGGGCUAUGGGUGGCAUGUAGGCCUAGGCGCCGAGCUUCCCGACGGCCAAGGUCGCUGCCUCUUUAAGGGAACGUGGAAUGCCGACAUCUUCGAGCCGUUCAAAGCAAUCAUGACCGAGAACGAUCUCUGCUUCGACAAGGCCCGCCAAAGCGGCUUGUCCCACCGCGACGAACCUCUCCACCGUUAUCUCCGCGAAAGUGGCAAGAAGACCCUCCUCUUUGCCGGCGUCAACACCGAUCAGUGCGUCUUCGGCACCGUCACCGACGCCUACAACUCUGGCUUCGAUUGCUUCUUGCUCAGCGACUGCACCGGCACCAUGACCAUGGUUCCUGGAGCGCAAGAGGUCACCGAGUACAACAUCGCCACGAACAUGGGCUUCGUCACAAACAGCCAGGCCGUCCUUGCGGCCGAGUCCAUUUGA